CAAGUGCUCAAUAAAACAGUGCUUUGCAAUUCUUACAGUCUAUAGUGAAUAUAUAAUACAAAAACAUCUAUAAUCUGCAGCGUGACGUCAGUCAAUACAUAAAACCAAAGUUCAAUACUAUAAUCAGACAAGUGCGAUUGAUGAAGUAUUAGAUGAUCAUCGCAUAUUGUGCAUCUUUGUUUUGUCGCACCAUAUUGUAACUACUAACUCUUAAAUUUUAAUCAAUUUAAGGAACAACGGAUAUAAUUUUAUAGUUAUAAUUUUACGAAGUGUUUAGUGAGAUGCUAGAAAUGAACGAUAAAAAUAAUGCAGCAAAGAUGCUGAAAAGCGACUGCGAGAUUCAUAUGCAAGAAUCAGAAAUAUUAUUGGAACCUGUGAAAUCGUGGAAUUCACAAAUGUACAUCGAAUUCAACGAUCUUUGUUACUCGGUUCCUUGCAAUCUCAAAGGGACUAAGAAAAUCAUUCUACAUAAUGUAACGGGACAUUUCGAAUCGGGGAAAGUCACGGUGAUAGUCGGUCCUUCCGGUUCGGGGAAGACCACCCUGCUAAAAAUCAUAUUGAGCAAACAACAGGUCAAUAUUAAAGGCACCAUUACCGUCAACGGUGCGAAACAAAACAGAAAAAUGUUCCGCAAACAGGUGUGUUACAUACCACAACAAUUCGAUCUAUUGCCAUAUCUCACAACAAGAGAAACUCUUUACACAGCAGCUCGACUGAAACUCGACGUUAAGCAGAGCAAACAAGCAAUUUGUUCCAUGGUGAACGAUAUCGCGAAACGUCUCAACUUAUCAAAGUGUCUGGACACAUUGGCGAAUAAAUUAAGCGGUGGUGAACGGAAGAGACUUUCUAUCGGCGUGGAAAUGUUCGUUCAACCAUCCGUUUUUUUAUUAGACGAGCCAACAAGUGGUCUCGACAGUACGGACUCUAAUCAGCUUAUUAAUAUACUGCAUGAUAUGGCAAGAGCAAAUUGCACUGUGAUUUGUGCAAUACAUCAACCCAACAGUCAGAUGAUUUCGCUCUUCGAUAAUAUUAUCGUACUUAAUCAAGGCAGAUGUAUGUAUUGCGGUCCAAUGAACGAGAUCUUAAACACGUACAGCAUUGCCGGGUUUACGUGUCCCAACUUCUAUAACAUAAUUGAAUUUGUGCUUGAGGUAGUAACAGAACAAAAGGGUGGAGAUAUGGAAAAUCUAUACAAAAUUUGUUGUGACGAAUAUGUAAAGUUUAGAUUACGCAAUAAACAUAAUAAAAAGGAAUUGGAUUUAUCGAUUAAUUUCAAACAAAAAUGUGGAACAAAAGAUACAGACGCAUCUAUAAAUAGCAUAAUACAAAAGAAGUCAACAUGGCAACAGCAAAAGAUUUUAUUUUUACGAUCUUUAAUUUAUAUCAAGCGAGAUAGAAUCUUAACAAAACUAAGAAUUGUGACACAUAUCAUAAUCGCAUUAUUAUUAGGGACAGUUUUCUAUAAUUUCGGUGAUGACGCAGAAAAAGUUGGCAGCAACAUCGCUUAUUUAUUUUUCUGUUUAUUAUUUUUAUACUUUACAAAUGCUAUAUUGGCAGUGCAAAUUUUUCCCAUUGAAGCGACAGUAUUUUUACGAGAACAUUUAAACAAUUGGUACUCUUUAAGAUCCUACUACAGUGUAAAAAUAAUAUCGGAUCUCUUAAUACAAAUACUUUGCGCCUCAUCUUUCACGCUUAUAUCAUACUAUAUAACAGGACAGCCAAUGGAAUAUGAUAGAAUUUUACGAGUGUGGGGAAUUUCCCUGUUAAUUACAAUAAUUGGACAAACAAUCGGGAUACUUUCAGGCACAAUAUUUGGCACUGAGUUAGGUAUGUUUUUCAUACCGGCAAUUGGUAUACCAUUAUUGUUGUUUGCUGGAUUCUUUUCAAAAUUAGGAGAAAUGUCGAUAUACUUGCAGCCUUUAACCUAUGUGAACUUUUUCAGAUACGCGUUUGAAGGAGUAAUGCAAGCGAUCUAUCUUGAUCGACCGAAUCUGACGUGUUUGGAAAUCUAUUGUUACUUGCGUUCACCAAAUAAGAUUCUCAUGAUGAUGGGCAUACCAACAGUUCCAUACUAUGUAACUCUGAUAAUACUUGCUUCUUGGAUAUUCUUUUUUCACGCGAUCACUUAUGCAGUACUUCUUUGGAAAAUUUAUUAUGCAAAAAAGUGACGAUCAGUAAAAUUAAUAUU